AUGCCAGUGAGAAAUUCAUUACAUGAAGUCGAAUUUAUUUGUGAAAUCAUCUGCAGAUUUUACGUAAUGGCAACUGAUAAAUAUAUUCUCACUGAUAUAGAUAAAAAGCAGGUUGAUAAUAAUGGAAAUGAGAAAUUUAUAGUUGCUAUUGAUCAAGGUACAAGUAGUUCAAGAGUGAUUAUAUUUUCAAUCAACAAUGGAAGUAUAAUAGCUAUGCAUCAAAUAAGUGUAACACAAAGUUAUCCGUCACCUGGAUGGAUUGAAAUGGAUGCUAAUCAGAUUUAUACAACAAUUCUAGAAUGUUUAAAUAAAUGUGUGGAACAAUUAAAAUCAGUAGAUAAAAGUAUUAAAGAUAUUAUUGGUGUUGGGAUUACAAAUCAACGUGAAACAACAAUUGCAUGGAAUAGUGAAACAGGGGAACCAUUAGCUCCAGCUAUUGUGUGGUCUGAUGCAAGAACUGCUGAUGAUGUUAUAAAAUUUACACAAAUGGCGCCUGGUAAUAAAUCGAAUGCUUUUCAGCAUAUUACAGGUUUACCGAUACAUAGUUAUUUCUCAGCUUUAAAAAUGAAUUGGUUACUAAAUAAUGUAAAGUCAGUGGUUAAAGCAGAUGAAGAAAAUAAAUUAUUAUUUGGCACAGUUGAUUCAUGGCUGAUAUGGAAGCUAACUGGUCAGAUGUGCCAUGUUACUGAUGUGACGAAUGCAAGCCGUACACUACUAUUUAAUCUGAAUACAUUAGAGUGGGAUCAUGAUCUAUGCCAAUUUUUUCAUAUUAAUCCACGUACACUUCCGAAAAUAGUAACAUCAUCUGAAUUAAUCGGUGUUAUUCAAGAUUCAAAAUGUUUAAUGAAAGGCGUUCCUAUUUAUGGGAUAUUAGGUGAUCAACAAGCAUCACUUGUUGCACAAACAUGGGAACUGUCCAGUUCUGUAGAUGAAAAUAAUUUACCAGAUAUAUCCAGGGUUAAAGUAACGUAUGGAACUGGAGCAUUUAUGCUAUGGAAUAUUGGUUGUCAACCCUAUUUUUCAGAUAAAGGUGUUCUAACCACAAUAGCUUAUAAAAUGGGUUCAAAGGGAAGACCAUAUUAUGCUUUAGAGGGUGCUAUAUCAUUUUCUGGGGCUACAAUGAGAUGGUUAAAGACAAAACUGGACGUGUUUAAAGAUGAUGCGGAAUGUGAGAAAUUGUCUGCUUCAGUAUACAGAAAACAAAGAUUUAAUGAACCAGAUCCAUGCUAUUUAGUCCCAGCAUUUAGUGGUCUUUUCUGUCCAUGGUGGCAAGAAAGUGCACGUUGUGUCAUUUGUGGAAUCACAGCGAAUGUUGAUAAAUCUGAUCUUGUUUAUGCUGGCUUAAGAUCAUCUGUUUAUCAAACAUAUGAUGUUCUCUUUGUGGCUACUUUAGCUAAAGCUAAUAAUAAAUGCAAUUCAAUAGUUCCAUUAAUGGCAUUAAAAAAACCAAAUGAAAUUAUUGUUGAUGGUGGAAUGUCCAAUAGUGACAUUCUUAUGCAAAGUUUAGCUGACAUUUUGAAUGUAACUGUUCGACGUCAUAAUCAUUCUGAUGUUAUGACUGCAUUAGGUGCGGCAAUUACUGUGGCAUUAGCACUGGAUAUUAAUCCAACUGGAUUAUUAAAAAUUCGAGAAUAUUCGACUAAUAAACCAGAUGAAUAUCAGUCAACAUUUUAUUCAAAAAUUAAUUCAAAUGAUCGCGCCGUUAAAUUAUACGGUUGGCAUGAAUCAGUUAAACGAAGUUUAAACUGGAUAUCGAAUAAAUCAAUAAGUGAAUCACAGAAUACACUUUUCGAUUUAUUGGACCAUAUCUGUACUGAUCAACAUGAAGAUGAGAAGAAAAUUAAAGAAAAUCAGUGUCCAUUGAAUUCAUCACAAAAAAUAUCGUUUGGUCUAACAGUUAUUGGUGUAUUUUUACUUGGACUGUUGGUUGGUCAGAGAAUUAA